GGCCCCUUAGGGCAUCGUCGAUUAACGUUGGGACACGACGGACGAAUGGAGCAGAUAGUCGGACCAAGUUACGCACCUUUAAGAACAAAAGGCUCGUCUAUACUGAGCAAAUCCUCGCGUCGAGGAUCUUAUAAUUCUUCUCCGCUCUCAAUCCACCCAAAAGAAGGCAAUUCCUUGUCUCCCUUGGAUAUUCAUGAAAUUUCAAAAGGAUGGGGAUGAAGAUUGUCACAUACAAUGUGAACGGCCUCAAGCAAAGAAUUGCUCAAUACGGCUCUCUAUUAAAGUUCCUGAAUUCCCUCCAAGCAGACAUCAUUUGCAUUCAGGAGACAAAGGUAUCGAGGCAUGAUUUAUCAGCAGAUUUGUUUAUGGCUGAGGGAUAUGAAGCAUUCUUUUCUUGCACUCGCACUUUUGGGCAAGGACGUGUUGCUUAUUCUGGUGUAGCAACAUUUUGCCGGGUAAAAUCAGCAUUUUCUAGCGAUGAAGUGGCUUUGCCACUUGCAGCAGAAGAAGGCUUCACAGGUCUCCUAAAACAUUCUAAAAGUGGGGAUGACAGGAUGGGAGAUUGCCCACUUAAAAUGCCAAUUGAAGUGGAGGGCCUAGAGGAGAUAACGAAAGAGGACCUUCUUAAAAUGGACAGUGAGGGGCGUUGUAUCAUCACAGAUCAUGGCCAUUUUGUUCUUUUCAAUCUAUAUGGACCACGAGCAGACUGCGAUGAUAAGGGAAGGAUUGAUUUUAAGUUCAAUUUUUUCAAGACAUUACAGAAAAGAUGGGAGAGUCUCUUAAGUCAAGGAAGGAGGGUUUUUGUUGUUGGUGAUCUCAAUAUUGCCCCUGCUGCUAUCGAUCGGUGGAAUGCUGGGCCAGAAUUUGAGGAGAACAUGUUCCGGAAGUGGAUGAGAUCUUUACUAAGAGAAUGCGGUGGCCCUUUUUCUGACGUUUUCAGGACAAAGCAUCCCCAUCGAAAAGAUUCAUACACAUGCUGGUCAAUGGAUGAUGGUGCUGAAGAAUUCAAUUGUGGGUCAAGGAUUGAUCAUAUUCUCAUUGCUGGACCUUGCUUGCAUCAAAAUCAUGACAUAGAAGUCCACAACUUGUUAGAUUGCCAUGUGGAAGAAUGUGAUAUACUAACUCAGUUUAAAAGGUGGAAGCCUGACAGUAUGCCCAGGUGGAAAGGAGGGAGAAGCAUAAGAUUGGAAGGUUCAGAUCAUGCGCCUGUUUAUGUUUGUUUAGGUGAAAUGCCCAGUCUUCCAGUCCAUAGCACCCCACCUCUAGCUGCCAGAUAUGUUCCUGAGGUCCGUGGAUGGCAACAGACCAUUGUGUCAUUGCUUGCGAAACAAAGAGAAGUUUCUGUUGUCAUGGAGGAUGGAGUGCUGUGCUCAACUUCUGAAGUCACAAUAGAGAAUUGCAGUGAGAAUGUGAAAGAAUCAUUCUAUCCUAUUUAUAAAAAAAUUCCAACUUCUGACCAGGAAACUCAAGGUCCUGCUCCAAGUACAAACAAAUAUUUGGACAGUGUUGAUGAUGAGAAUGUCAAGGAGAAUUCUAUGAUCAUUUUGAGAAAUGAGAGAAUCAAAUCUAUAUCUCAUAGUUGCAUGAAAAAAAGGAAAAAAGCAAGAAACGAGAAUUGCUCUCAACGCACAUUGACAUCAUUUUUUCAAAAGAAGCCUAGCUCAAGUGUGGAUGUUGGUAACGCAAAAAAUGAUAUUUUGCAUGAUCAAGUGGAUAUCUCAAAAGUAAACCCUUAUUCUUUUCAUGUGCCCAAUGAGACAUGUUCCCCUAAUGAAGAUCCUAUAGAUGGUGGGGAAGGAAAUUGUUCCCAAAAUGAUGAAUUCAGCAUAAAUCCAAUCAGUCAAGGUCAAACUGACACCAAUUCAUGUUGUUCUUUGGAAAAUGAAAAUGGUAGUGCUGCAUUGGAGUGGCAAAGGAUUCAACAGUUAAUGCAGAGAAGUAUACCGCUCUGCAACGGCCAUGGUGAACCUUGCGUUGUACGGUCAGUGAAGAAAGCAGGUCCCAAUUUAGGCCGUGGAUUUUAUGUCUGUGCUCGUGCAAAGGGUCCCACAUCGAAUCCAGAAGCGAGUUGUAAUCACUUUCAAUGGGCUUCCUCAAAAUUUAGUAGGAAAAAGAGAUGAUUGGCACUUUCUUAACCUGGUCAUGCUCUUCAGUCUUUUUCUGAUGAUUUUGUUGUUUAUAUUAAGCUCCUGUAAUAUGCCUCAAAAGUGUUUUUUGUUUUGUUUUUUGUUUAUCAAUUUGAUUGAAUAGAUCCCGACUUAUUGCAAUAUGAAAAGUUGGGACUUUUUAGCCUUUGAAUUUGGGUCAUCUUCUAAUGAUCCAAACCAUUUGUACGACGGGUCUCACUUUGUAUGGUGGAAAGUCAACAAGUAAAAGUUCUUAAUUGGAUUAUUUCAACCCUUUGAUAAUUUGGCUCUUUUGCUUCGAACAUGAAUGAUCACCAUACUUGAAUAAUCGAAGGGUUGAAAUAUUCAAUCUGAGAGUUUUUUCGAGCAACCCUCAUCCAAGGGGAGUCCCAUCAAAUAAAUGGUUUGGGUCACUGAAAAAAUUAAAAUCCAACUGCUACAGUCCUGACGUAUCUCUGAGCAAACCUUUUGGUUUAUCAAUCUGAAGCAUUAUUGCUAUAACUUUAUCAAGUAAUAAUGAUCCUGUGUAGAA